GAACCCGCCCCCCAGUCCCAGGCCCCCCUAAAGCCUAGACGGCAGAAAAGGUAACUGGGAGUACAAAGCAACAAAGGCUUUCCGAGUCAGAUCUCCUCUCCCCCAAGUCCAUGACUCUAUGCGGCUUCCCAAAAUCCCCCCCAGCCCCGGCCCGAGCCCACCUGGCCUGGGGCGAGGCGCGGCUACUGGGAGGCGGGCAAGGGGGGCCCCCAACUAGGCCGCGCUUCCGGCCGCCCGCCCAGUCGCCAUAGCAACAGGCGCAGGGCGGCUUGGGAGCCGUUGAGGCGCCGAACUACUUAAGGAUCCAGGUGUUGCAAAGCGCGGCGCAGGCUUCCGCAGGCUCCGCCCUCUCAUGCCCACCCGGAAACAGCCUCGUCCCGCCCACGUGAGCCCCAACCGCAGCGACCAGACGUGCACUCCUCCAGCAGCUGCUGCACGUCGUGCCAAUGGCCCGCUAUGAGGAGGUGAGCGUGUCUGGCUUCGAGGAGUUCCACCGGGCCGUGGAACAGCACAAUGGCAAGACCAUUUUCGCCUACUUUACGGGUUCUAAGGACGCCGGAGGGAAAAGCUGGUGCCCCGACUGCGUGCAGGCUGAACCAGUCGUACGAGAGGGGCUGAAGCACAUUAGUGAAGGAUGUGUGUUCAUCUACUGCCAAGUAGGAGAAAAGCCUUAUUGGAAAGAUCCAAAUAAUGACUUCAGAAAAAACUUGAAAGUAACAGCAGUGCCUACACUAAUUAAGUAUGGAACACCUCAAAAACUGGUAGAAUCUGAGUGUCUUCAGGCCAACCUGGUGGAAAUGUUGUUCUCUGAAGAUUAAGAUUUUAGGAUGGCAAUCAUGUCUUGAUUUCCUGAUUUGUUCUAGUAUCAAUAAACUGUAUACUUGCUUUCAAUUCACGUUAGCAAUAAAUGAUGUUAAAAAACUGGCAUGUGUCUAAACAAUAGAGUGCUAUUAAAAUGCCCAUGAACCUUUAGUUUGCCUGUAAUACACGGAUGUUUUUAAGAUACAAAGAAGUCUUCGGAAGUAGCAGUAAAGGCUCAAAGGAAUGUAUUCUUGAAGGUGACGGAAAUACCUAAAAACUCCUAAAGGUGCAGAGCACACCUUCCAAAUCUCUCAAAAGAUCAGUACCUUUUAUUUUAAAUUCUCUCCAUCUGCAAAGCAACUGAUGAUAUUCCUGAAACCCCUUCUUUGAUUUUGGAAUGUAGAACCUAACCUCAGCACUGAAGGAAAGCCCAUUACCUCUAAUCCAGCCUCUGCUUAAUUCAGGCAGUUUUGUUUUGUUUAUUAAAAAACAGACUCCUGAGCACUAGAGGUAGUUUGUUUUACAGCUAUCUCAAUGUGCUUUACUUGGGAUGAGGCAGGUGGCGGAGAGCGGCUGGAGAGACUAUAUAACCCAGUUGUGGGAAGAACUCCAAGUCAGUCACACUGAUUCUACCACUUACUAGCUGUGUAACCACAGGCAAGUUACUCACCCCGUCCAAACCUCAGUUUUCUCUUCUAUAAACAAAGUUCUGAGAAUAAAAUGAGAAUUCAAGGAAGCAUUUAACAUAGCACCUGGUUUGUGGUACCUCCCAAAUCAAUGGUAGCUUUCCCAAAUGAACACAAGUAUUUGAGGCUCCUCAUGUUUGUUCUAAAGUCAAGAGUCCAGUUAGUAAUUAACCACUAGUUGUCCUGCCAUGACUAGGUCAAGUGAGGCCACAGUGAUUCAGUGAUUCUUAAAGCCACCUUGCAAAGCAGGUAAUACAGGUACUUCCUGUCCUGCAGAAUUUAAGAACUUUUAUGCAGUUCCUGUCCUGUGAUUUAAAGAGGUUACUGACUCUGCUACUCUCACUACGUAGGUAAGAGUGGUAGAGUAGUCGAUCUGAGAGACAGUAAGGUUCCAGGAGAUGGUCUUGCCCUACUAUAUGGCAGGAAGAGCUAGCCUUAGAAUUCAGUAUACUUGGUGGCCCACCCCUACCCCAUGCCCCAGUGCCUUAUUUGGUCUAAAGCACCUAACUUUUCCAUGCUUAAUCAGCUGAUUAUGCUAAAUGCGUAAAAAAGAAAACACCUUACAAAUCCACAGGGAAAUCAAAUAACAAUUCAGGUUUAACAGAAAUAGUCUAUUAACAAUAAAAAGUUGGACUAAAAAGCACACUAAAGGUUCUAGGGGCUACCAUAAUAAAGGUAGAUAGGAAGAGUUUUCAUUCUUCAUUUUUUUUUGUCUUCACUGUACAAAAGAAAUACAUUAUAUACAUGUAUUAAGAGCCUCGUCUGUAUCCAGUUUUUCAUUUUCCCGAUGUGUUAUUUUGCUGUUGCUGCUCUGCCAAGGCUUGCUGAAGGCGCAUCCGCUUCCGGGAAUAGUGCUGCCAAUGUAGAAUCUGCUGUUCAUCAAUAAAUUUCGCACACUGAGCAUUCA